AUGUAUAAUUCUAGUGAUGGAAGCGCCGCUCACGGCCUGACGGUAGGAUGGCGAGUGACAGGUGCCACGUUUGGAAUCCUGUCCUUCGUAAACGGGUUCCUAGGAAAUAUUCUGAUUUUGGGAGUUCUUGUGAAGGACAAAGUGAUCAACGUCAAAGGAAAGGCCAGCUUGAUAAGCCUCAGCGUCUGCGGACUGUGUUUUACGCUCUUUCUCCUUGUCGCCAUCAUCGACACGUAUGUCAACGAUAGAUGGCAGUACGGUGAAGUGCUGUGUCACGUGUUCACCUUCGUCAACCUGUCGCUCUUUGGUUGCUCCAUGCUGCAGCAGGCUCUCAUUGCUUUGCAGCGGUACACCUGUGUAAUUUUCAACAACAAGAAGCUCAUUGAGUGUCCCAAAUUACUCACAAUGAACAUAGCUUUCUGUUGGGUCAUACCGCCAUUGUCAAUGAUUCCCUCCAUGUACGAAGAGUUCAAGGAGUACCACAUCGACAGUCUUGGGACUGACUGUAUAUUUCUCUCGGACACCGAAGAUUUCCAAAAGAUCCUCAGUUUCAUCCUGUUCAUAGUCAUCCCCUCGAUAACGAUAUACGCAUGCUACAUACGUAUAUUUAUGGUGAUCAAAAAGAGCGGAAACAGCGUGGUUCCCCACGACCCGUACGCCGUACAUGUAGCCCCACCCCAAAGCGCGUUUAUUCAGAACAGAGAAAUCAAGCUGUGCCGCAUGUUCUGUGUCAUGUGCGCCAUUACUAUCCUGGGCUAUGCUCCUUUUGCCUUUUUGCGCGCCCUAGAUCUGGCCUUCGUUGUCGAUAGAGGUAUUUAUGUCAUUUGUACCGCGCUCUAUAACAUUGCCCUCACGUCCAACGCCCUGAUUUACUGCCUUAUGAAUAAGAAUUUUUCGCAGGCCUUGCGGAGAUUCUGGUGCGGCAGUCCCGUGACUACCUCAAAUGGCGUAACAAAUACUAAUUAA